AUGAGGCUCAAGCGAUUUCUUCUGAGAUAUUACCCACCAGGUAUCAUCCUGGAAUAUGAUAAAGGAGGCCUUUUGAGGACCAAAUCAAUCGACCUUUUGGAUUUGACAGUAGAAACCAACCCAGAUGAGUUAUUGAAAGAUAUCAUGCAAUCUGAGCCUCUCAUUACAGAAUCCCGAGCUGAGCAAGUAAAAAAGCUUAUCAUUCGCCUCCAACAGAAACAGAGCCAAAAGGACCACGACAGGUUUGUUUUUUCCAAGGAGCUGAAGGCACACAUACUUCCUCUGACUAAUGUUGCAUUUGACAAAUCAGGGUCAAGGUUUCUAACUGGGAGCUACGACAGAACAUGUCGUAUUUGGGACACCGCCUCAGGCACAGAACUGCACACACUUGAGGGUCACAGAAAUGUGGUGUAUGCGAUUGCAUUCAACAACCCCUUUGGAGACAAGAUUGCCACUGGUUCUUUUGAUAAGACCUGUAAACUGUGGUGUGCUGAGACGGGCAAAUGCUUCCACACAUUUCGAGGGCAUAUGUCUGAAAUAGUGUGUCUGGCAUUCAACCCUCAGAGUACACUUGUGGCCACAGGCAGCAUGGAUGCCACCGCCAAGCUGUGGGAAGUGAAGAGUGGGUGGGAGGUGGCCACUCUCAGUGGUCAUACUGCAGAGGUCCUCUCCUUGUGCUUCAAUUCAAUUGGCAAUCAGCUUGUCACUGGCUCCUUUGACCACACCGUUAUUAUUUGGGAUGUUGCUUCAGGAAGACGUGUCUACACAUUGAUGGGCCACAAGGCAGAGAUCAGCAAUGUUCAAUUCAAUUGGGAUUGCUCACUUAUAGUCACAGCCUCCAUGGAUAAAACUGGCAAGGUGUGGGAUGCCGCCAGUGGUAAUUGUUUGGCAACUCUGGUUGGACACAAAGAGGAGGUGCUGGAUGUGUGUUUUGAUUCACGGGGUCAACUUAUUGCUACAGCCUCUGCAGAUGGCACAGCCAAAGUGUUCAGUGCAUCCACACACCAGUGUUUGACAACAUUUGAAGGCCAUACCGGAGAGAUCUCCAAGAUAUGCUUCAGUCCUCAAGGCAGCAGGGUUUUAACUGCUAGCUCAGACAAGACCGCUCGUCUGUGGGAUGUUCAGUCCGGAGUCUGCCUCCAGGUCCUGGAGGGCCACACUGACGAGAUAUUCUCCUGCGCCUUUAAUUACGAAGGCGACACUGUCAUCACAGGCAGCAAGGAUAACACGUGCCGUAUCUGGUGCUGA